CCGAGGUGCGCGUCAGUCUCGGCGGAACCACGUGGACGUUUAUAUUUGCCGCAUCGUAACUACCGGUUUGUUCCAAAUUGCAAUUCUUUUUAUCAGAAAUUCAUCCUCCUCCGGCAAAAAUGAUCACUAUACACCUCCAGUAUUCUUUAAUUUUUGUUUUUAAAUUCUUCAAUUUUAAUUUAUUAAAAAUUUGAUUUGUUUUUCUUUUUGGAGGAAUUAAGAAAAAAUCACGUGCGUGUUAUUCGCGAGUGUAAAAAAAAAAAGAAAGAAAUUUCCUUCCAUUUCGCGCGCGCGGUAGUUUUGUUUCCGUGAGUGCGUGCAUCGAAGACUGGUACGACUUCGUACCGGUGAGAUUCCACCCUUUGUUUCCUUAUCAUACUGUCUCUGAAAUUCGUGUUCAGUUCUUGAUUUGAAAAAAAAAAUUAUUAGUUAUUCUUUUUUUGGGUUCGUAAAAAAUAGUUGUGAAAAUAAGAAAAUUAAUGUGCGUGGAGUGUGUAAUUUUUUUUUAAAUUAAGAAUUUAGAGAGGAGAGAAAUAAUGAAGAGAAGGAGAAAUUUUGAUUUGUUAAGAGAAGAGACAUUGUGAGUAAGAGAGAGAGAGAGAGAGAGAGAGAGAAAGGAAAUGUCAAGAUGAAAUUUGACGUGUUGAGGUGUAGGAGAUAAAAGGGAGUAGUCCUAUUGGAUUUGAGAGAGAGGAUCAUCGAGGAUUUUAAGGUCCUCCUUUAAUAUGAUGAUAGAUCCCUGAAGAGCUGAGCCAUGUCACGUGUCAGGCGAAUCCUGACAUGUUCGGCGCAACUUACGCUGACCGUCAUUCUCAUUCUCCUUCUUGUGUCGUGUCUUCUCGUCAACGGAAGUGAGUUUCCCGAGAGGGAAUGCUGCGAUCCGAUUUAUCCGAUUCCGGAGCCAACCAGCAAAGCACCAUCGGCACCGACACCAACUGGAAGAAGCGGAUCCGAUAUAAAAGCACCGAUAGCAAUUUUAAAUUGUCUAUUCGCUCGACAAUUGUGCUUUGACGAUUCAUCUUGCAGUGCCAUUUUGGAAAUAAUACCACGUGUCUGCGGUCCAGAAUUAGUUGCGUGUUCAACGGUGACUGUGUCAAAAUGUCAAGCAGCUUUAAAAACACUGCAAGCUUUCUCGUUCUUCCGGCCAACGUGCCUUUGCAGGGAACCUCAUGUCGAUCCCGAAUGCAACAACUUUCGUGACUUCCUCUUUGACCAUCCAUGUAUCUACGUAUUAAAAAAAGGUGCGCGGAGAAAAAUGAGUUGUCAGCCGAACGAAAAUUUGUACAAAGAGGCUGGUCCUAUUGAUACUCUACCGAAUUGUAAUCAUGCGUUAAGUGUGUGUCAACGUGAGAAACCCUGCACCAAGUUGUUUGAAGAUUUCAAGAGCAGCUGUAAGGCGAGAGAUGGCAAAUGUAGGAUAGAAAAUCGUGAUGCAUGCCACGAUGCAUGGACACAAUUACGAAAAUCACCAAUGUUCGGCUGCAUCUGUCCAAAUAAUCACAUGAAAAGACGAUGCGAUCGAAUAUUUUCGGUCGUCAAUCAUAAUCCCUGUAUUGAAUUUGUGCCCUCCUCCGCGUCCAUUGAUCUCUCGGGCACGGACUCGGCACUCUACCCCUUCAAUCCCCAAGAGGAGAACCUCCACGAGAUCUGGUUACCUCCGACCAGUAUGUAUCCCUAUUUUCUAUUCCCGGGAACCGCGAGUACGCGUAACACGGGCAACGAGAUUGACUUCGAAUUCGAUGGUGCACGUCAUCAUCGUACACAACAUCGUUAUCAUGAGGUACCCGAAUUACCAGGUAGUCCCGGACAACCCAAGACGUAUCCCGAGACGUUCGAUCCAUAUCCAGAUCCCGACGAGGAUCGAACGUCUCAUGAGGGUUUCGCCGGGACUCAUCAUCGAAUCAAAGACGGUGAGCAACUAUGGAAAUGGUCCGUUCACGAGGGUGGGACUUUACAGAAAUCAAAAAUUAAUGGCGACACUUCUCUCCACUCAUUAUCAUCGACUCCAUUUUCAAAAUAUUCCAAAUUCACCCCAUCAAAUUCUUUUCCCCCAUCAAAUUCUUUCUCCCCAUCAUCAUCAUCAUCAUCAUCAUCUUCAUCAUCAUCAUCAGAAUCAUUAUCCAAGCAUGAUCGCGCCUCAAGCACCGAGCACCUGCAGCAUGGCGUACUUCUACGGCACAAUGAUACCGUGGAUAUGCACCAAGAACACCGUCACCGUCAUCAUCAUGACGAUUACCCUGCACUGCCACCACCACCUUCUGCACAAGCACCACCACCCGUUCUUGUAUCACCACCAGCACGUCCUACACCCACCGUAGAUGAGACCAAUCCUGCACCAUCGGAUGCACAUGGCACCAAGAAAUUUGCACCAAGACCGACCUACGAGCACGGGGCGAUUAUCGAUCAUCUUGACAACGAUCUCGACGAAUUCAGAAUCGACCGUCUACCCGUCGAUCGUUUCCUCGAUCUCCCCGCAUUCGACGAAUUCGUCGGGCAAGUGAAAUACAUCUCACAUCCUGAUAAUUCGACAACAUUAGAAGUUGAAUCUCAAUUGGAGAAUCCAUUGAUUGAUGUACAUCAUCAGGACUUCAACGAUUUACGAAAGUUUCCUAUUCCCGAAAUCCAUCAUCAUCGGACUCAUCAUAAGAAAAAUCAUUCCAACGAUGAACAAGAACCCGGACUGGCGAUACCGUCUUCGUUGCCUGACUCUGAAAGAAUAAUACCUCAGCCAACGAAGGUGAUUCUAACCAGCACGUGCCAUCACGCUUAUGCGUCUUGCAAGAACGACCCAGAUUGUAGAGCAGUACUUCAGCCUGUUCUAAACCAUUGCGAUCAGGCAACAUGCGCCAGAAACGAAUGCAUGGAUGCGCUUCAGCAUUUUUACAAGUCGGCAAGUCAUAAACACUCGGUGGAAAUCGCAUUCUGUCUGUGCAAAACAAACGACGAGAAAAGGAACGAUUGCACAGUGGCAAAGGAGAAAAUGCAUCCGCAGUGUGCUCAACGUCCGGAAGGACCAGAAAUACCAACUUGUCACAGUUUAGCGGAACUUUGUAGAGACGAGAGAAGUUGCAGGUCUAAAUUAGAAUUUUAUGAGCAAAGCUGUGCUGUGGAUAGUGUUACGAAAAAAUGUGCAGGAUCGACGUCGGUAUGUAGAGAAGCUUUACUGGGCAUUCUAGGCACGGAAUUAAGGACCACUUGUGCCUGUAAAGGCACCGACCUGUCUCAAAUUUACGAUUGUGUGGGCUGGCAGAGGCUACUUUGGGUUAACCCUUGCGUCGUUGAAUCACAGAAAGAUUAUCAUGCGAGGAGAAAACAUCAUCUUCAUCCAAGAACGACGACGAUCUCGGCAAUGUCGACUACUCGAGCGGUCACAGCAACGACAGAGGCUGUCAUUGUGGCGGAAGUCGAGGACAAUGUGAUACCGGAAAUCACCACCAGACAACCCACCACUGAAACAACAACAGAAUUUGUGGAACUUACCACCACAAGUAUUGUCACGACGCCCAGUACAACGACGACCAGCACGACACCUCCACGAUUCUGCGUUGUUCAAAGGCCGAGGCAAUCACAACAAUAUAUUCGUGAGGGCAAAGGCAAGAGGUUGUAUCGCGAUGACGAGCCGGAUUGUUCGGAACUCUGCCAAUGUGGAGAAGGAGAAGUUCUAAUUUGUAAUACAAUUUGCGUUAAAUCUUCACCUUGCAAAACUGACUUCGCUUACUAUAAUCAUGCAGCUCCAGCUUAUCAAGCAUACCGAGGUCGUUGUCUUUGCUAUAGUGGUCGUUUCAUCUGUAUGCGACCUUCUCCCGAUGCAUAUAGCAUUCCGCAUGGAGUAUUUAUGUUCCUGGGGUACAGCGAGACUGAUGAAACCUUGCUAAGGCCUCAUAAUAAUCUCACCGUGCUGGAUGCGGUGUCUUCCCUAGACAGUUUUAUGCGAGAGGAAGUAAAUAAUCAGACUGUAUGUACACUUUUCUUGUACAAUGUAACUAAGGAAAACGUGAUUGCGGCCGUCCGUCUGGGGACGGAUAAUCCGCCUCCAAACAUUAGUGAAUCACAGAAUCUACAACAUCUGCUUCGCGUCAAGGAGGAGUGUGCGUCGAUGUUACAGGAUCUCAGCGAUAAGAUUAACAACAAACAUCAAGAGGUCCAUACGCACCCUCUACUCUCAAUUUUCAAAAUGGCAGAGGUCGAGGUAAAAUUGCCACUAGCUAGUGAAGCAACAUUGACAUCGAGGCCGUCAACCUUAUUCUUGGGGUUGACAUUGCUGAUAAGCGGUAUUCUCCAACGUUCCACGACGGCAAUGUUAAUAUCCUCCUUCACUGAGGACCUCAUCUCGUGACACGGAUGACCAUUUUCAUCGUGAAAACUGUAAGCUCUCCACUCACACACAAACACACACACACACAAAUAAAACAUAUACACAUACAUACGUGACAACAAAUGAUAAACUUUAUGGUUUGUGCAGAUUACAUAUAUAUAUCAAACACACUUAUACAUGUAUAGCUAUAUAUAUUAAAUACAAAAACACGCUAAAAUUCAA